AUGGACCUCAACCCCAGCCAGUUUUUCGACUUCUACGUCGCUAGGAGCAACUCCUCAGUGAGGGGCUCCUUCUACCUUACUCCCAGGGAAAGGCGAGGGGUCGCCGUCGUUCCCAGCAAAUACUCGCACCGUGAUGCCAACUGGCAGAAGAAAAUUUUCUUUUUCUGGGUCUCGCCAGAGACAGUAUCAUCGGUGGACGUCUUUCGCCGGGUUCCGACCCGAUUCCGCUCCAACAUCAGUAAGUGCUAA